AUGCCCCCUCCCCCUAAUCCCGCGCCGUCGCGCCGCCGCUCCCUCCCGCCGCCGCCGCGGCCCCUCGCCGCCGCCGCCGCCGCCGCCGCGGACGCGCGCGCGCUCGCGUCGCUCGAGAGGGAAACGACUCGCAGCGCCGCCGCCGCGGCGAAGGCGGCCGCGGACGCCGUCGCCGUCGCGGACGCGACGCUGACGGAGCUCUCGUCGCAGACGGUGCAGCUGGAGCGCGUCGGGGACGACCUCGCGACGUGCGACGACGCGGUGCGAGGCUCGGAGAGGACGCUGCGGAAGGUUAGUCGGGGUGGAGUUCCUCACACUGGUUCCCAUACGACCCCGUCGGCGUGGUGA